AUGGUACCUAUGCAGAUUGAAAGUCAUGAGUUGUCCUCACGUAUUAGUCCUCAUCAAAAUGAUGUAGUUGCAAGGGAGAAACAGAACUGUGUAACAUUAUCCACUGCAGAAGCUAAGUACCUAGCAUCUGGUAGCAGUUGUUCCCCACUGUCUCGCAAGCUUUCUCUCAAAGAAACUUUUCAUUUCGCCUCUAAGAUAUUCAUCAUGUCGCACCAAUCCAACUCAUCUUCCUUCAAGACCAUGUCUGAUUCCUCUAGCUUUGAAUCAUGCAACCCUAACAGGGAAGAUCCUGUUGCUGACUCUGCGAAUACCUCACAUGCAAGAAGACCUAUAGAAACUGUCUCAGGCUUCUCCUCAGCAAUCACGCUUGAUGAACAAACCAGAGAAGGCUCCAGGUAUGUUCACAAUGCCAUUGCAACUAUGGUGACUGGAAUACUGUCUGGUAAUCAUAAGGUUCUUGGGGUUUCCAUUCCCUUAAACACUAUUGUACCUGAUAAUGUUGCUUGUCAAGAAAAUACAGUCUCCUUAGGAAAGAAUGUAUCUGAUGAUGCUGAGCACACUGAUGCUCAGGAGGGGUCAAAUAUUGACAAACCCUUAGAUAAUGUGGGUGGUGAGGAAGUCCAUGUCACUCAUGAUGUCAGUGACAACCCUAACUGUGAAGCUGAAAUAGUAGACCUGGAGGAAUUUUCUGAUAAUGAGUGGAAAUAUGUUUAUCAGAAGAGGCUGGCUUUGGAAAGGGAAUUGUCUCAGAAUGUCCUAGAAUGUAAGGAUAUUAUGGCCCUUAUUCAAGAGGCAGGUUUAAUAAAGACCGUGACUCAGUUCUCAAAGUGCUAUGAGAUGUUAGUAAAGGAAUUUAUUGUCAAUGUGUCUGAAGAAUGUGCUGAUGGAAAGUCUAAGGAAUUCAGAAAAGUAUAUGUGCGAGUCAUCACUGCUAAUCAAGUCAGGAAGUGGCCUCUCAAAGGUAAGUUGGUGGCCAGCAAACUAAGUGUCAAGUAUGCAAUGCUACACAAAAUUGGAGCUGCUAACCGGGUGCCCACCAAUCACAAAUCUACAGUGGCUGUAAUGCUUGGAAAGUUCAUAUAUGUUGUUGGAACCAAAGCCAAUUUUGACUAUGGAUCCUAUAUUUUUGAUCAAACCAUGAAGCAUGCAGGAAGCUUCAGUGUGAAGGGGCCUAUAGCCUUUCCUUCCCUCAUAUGUGGUAUUUUGUUGAAUCAAUUUCCAAACAUAUUAACAGAGAAUGAUUCUGUGAAGAGAAGAGACAUCCCUUUGGCCUUCAAUCAUAAAUUGUUCCUAGGUACGCAUGUUCCUGACAUUGCCAUGGCAACAGGAGAGACAUCAAGUGUUUGCAAUCAACCAGGUAAAGCUGCUGUCAUUGCAAUACUCAAAGAAACGUGUAAGGAGUUAGAGGCAAGGAAGCUCACUUUGGAAAAUUUGAUUAUCAAGUUGGAGAUGACUGAAGGUGAUGCGCUUGGUGAAGCUGCUGAUGCUGCAGAAGGAGCUGCAAGACAAAGUGCAGAGGGAGAAGAGGAUGCCAGUCCUGAUGAUGGCACUGAUGAUGAUGCUGACUCUGAGUCAGAUGAAUAG